AUGUAUCAAAGAGAUGGUACUUGGCUAUCGAAUGAUUUUAUGGUUGAUCCCGUAUCAUUAGCUUUAACGUUUACUCAAUUAGCGAUAGUUAAAGAUUGGAUAUUAAGUAAUACUAUCAAACGAUUUCCUAUUCUGGCUGAAAGUGAAUGUGAAACAUUAAUUACUGACGCUGAUAGUUUUAUACCGAAUGGCCGAUUAAUAAUGAAUGAAUCAGCUGAAGUUAGUUGUUUAGCCAUUGAAUAG